AUGCGGCUCGUGCUCGUGCUGAGCGUGCUGGGCGUGGUGCGGGCCUUGUGGGGCUCCGCGCCACAGGAUGAUGCGCCGGUGAGUGUGCGCGUGCGCCACCCAUGGUACAAGGACGUGGACGGAGGAGCUGCGUACGUCCUCGAGAUGCUCGAGGCGGCAGCCGACAUUUGGCCGAACGACAUGGCAGCGCUCGUGUCCAGGGCGUACGCGCCGGACGCUCUCUCGAGGCUCUCGCUGAAAGAGGCAACAUACAACGAACUGUAUACGACCAUGGAGGGUGUCGUAUACGAGCAUGCUCGGGCACGCGACAGCCAGCAGCGCCUCGACGAAUGGCGCGCAGCCGUCGCCUGGCACGCCGACGCGCCCAAGGUCGAGGCGGCCUACCAAAUGUACAAGACCAGCAGUGUCUUGCGCGCGCUCGAGCCUGAGUGUGCGUCGUUUAUUCACUGGGGCGGCAGCACUUGGUGCGAUGCAAAGAAGGCCAUGGCCGCGAUCGAGGCGGAUCUUCGAAAAGGUGUCCAGACGGACGCGCCGCGCGAGCAAGACCAUGUCUAUGCACCGCGCGCAGCAGGAACUGAAGGAAUUGCGUCAGUCGUGCUAUAUGCAGACCCAUUCGAUGCCGCACUGCGCGAAAAGCACGCUGCGCUUGUUGACUUUGCUAACGACUCACAAGCGCGUGUGCAGUACGUCUUGCGCUGGCGCCCUACGCCGCCCUCGUCAAGUGAGACGGCAUCCUACCUCUCUGGCUUUGGCGCGGCGCUCCACCUGAAAAAGGUGGAUUACCUCGUGAUCGACGACCGUAAGGUUGAGGCGGCGCCGGAUACCAAAACCGAUGCGGCCGUGCGCGAGGCACGCGAGCACGCGCGCGAGGCAUAUCACAAGCUCGAGCAGAAGCUGUACGGCCGCGCAAAGCGCCCAAAGAAUGUCCAGGAUGCCGUCGCGCAGCAGAGCGCGCUCGACGCAGACCAGAUCGGCCUCCUCGGCCUCGGCGCGGCACACGCGGUGCUCACCUCGACGAAUCCGCUCGCGACGCUCGCGGAGCUGCUCUAUCACUUCCCGGCGCAUGCCGCAGGCCUCGCACGCUAUGCGGAAAAGACGCCGUCGUCUAAUGCAGUGUACACGGCGAUCGACGACCUGCAGGCGCAGACCGUCGACGGCGGCGCGUCGAUUGCGUGGAUCAACGGCAAGGCUAUGACGAUGGACCAGUUCCAUCCCAUUGAGCUCCUGGAAAAGAUCCGCGCCGAGCGCCGCCUCCUCGACUCGUUUGCUGCGCCCGAGAUUGGCGUCGGGCCGGCGGGCGCCGUGCAGAUCCUCACGAAUGCCGCCGUGAAUGCCGCAUUUGCGCCGAGCGCACGGCGCCCGCCGCGCUACGAUGCAAGCGACCGCAUCGAACGUGCGCACACCGACGUGUCCGUCAUCCAGUGGCGCAACGAUCUCGAAGAGGCCAUGCGGGGCCCCAAGGACCUCGCGUCGCUCCUCCGCCCGCGCUGGCCGGGGCAGCCGCUGACGAUUGCGCGCAACUUUUUCAACCUCGUUGUCGUGCCGAACGUGACCGACGCAGACUCGCUGCAUCUCCUCUCCGAGAUCACGGCGUCGGGCAUCGAGGCGUACGGACUGCGCUUUGGUAUCGUGCCGCUGGUCGACGCUUCGGAGCGCUCGCACGCAUUUGCGGCCGUCGUCCUCUACGCCAUGGACCACCUCGCGAACUUGGAGCUUUCGCCGUUCCUUGCAUCGCUCGCCAGCGCCAAGGAUCCCAAGGCUGCACGGAAAGCGCUUGGCAAAGUGCUUCCUACCGACGCCCAGAAAGCACUGCAGCGCUUCCUCAAGGACGGCACGCUCGACGACGCGAUGCGCGCGCGCCUCACGCAGACGCUUGCCUAUUUGCACCGCCUGCGUGUACCGCGCGACGCGCAUGGUGCUGCGUACCUCAACGGCCAGCCACUGUCGUUCAGUGACAAUGUCCUGCACGAGGCGCUCUCCACGCAGGUCGGUCUUACGCGCCUGGCUGCGCAGGAUAUCCACGAGAAUGCGAUCGACGAGGCGCAGAUUGCGACGUACUUUUACGACCUGCCCGACACGCAGCGUACACCGUCGGCGGUGCUGGCAGCACUCGACGACGGCGAGGUUGCGUAUGUCGACCUUGCGGCCGCUUUCCAGUCGAUCCGGGAGAGCAGCGUCGGGGGAGAGACGAAUAUCCUGCGCGACCUCGUCUACCACGAUGCGCACGCGUCGAACGUGACGAUCCGCAUCGUCGGCGACCUCGACAGCACGACUGGCAAAGCGCUGGUCGCACACGCGCUUGCGGCUGCCGAGACUACGGCGGUGCGCGUCGGAUUCGUGCAUGCGGGUGGGUCGGGCGAAGUGUCCCAGUUCCUCUAUGCGGCACAGACAAAAGGGCUCCUCGGCACGCUGCCGCCCGCCGAGCUGCGCGGCGCGCUCGAGCACGAGACGCUUGCUGCGCUUGCAGCCAAGCACAGCCUCACGCUCUCUCCGAGCGGCGCCUCGGAGUUCUGGCAGGUGGCUAGUGAACCGUUUGUGCGUGUUCUUGGCACAGCCAGCCCCGCACUUCUCGUGAACGGCAUGGUGGUCAGGCUAGAGAAUAUGGACGAGCUCGAUGCGGCAGAGAUCAUCGCUGCCAGCCAGUGGGAAGAGGAGCGCCAUGUCGCGCCGCUUCUUUCAACGCUCGAUGUCUCGGACGAGGCACGCGACAUGCAGUCGCAGGCCAUCGAGUUUGUGCUCGCCGGCCUCGGCACGGCCUUUGCAGUGAACCAUGCCGAGGAGGGCAUCUACAAGGCGAUCCGCCCGACACGCUACGCUGUCGCCGCCGCCUUGCAAUACUCGCCCGCCGCCUUUACGGCCGGCGCGAACGAAGCGUCGAUCCAUGUCACGCUCAUCCUCGACCCAUUGGCAGCGCACGCGCCGUCGGCGACAGCCGCUAUCGAGAUGCUCGCGGCGAUGGACGAUGUCAAGGUAACGGUGGUACUGAACCCCAAGUUCCGGCAGCCGGCGCUGCCACUGCAGCAGUUUACGCACUUUGACGCACGGCUGCGUCCUGCCUUUGACGAGAGCGGCAGGGAGCGUGCGCCGAGCGUCGACUUUGCCUUGCUUCCUCCCCAGGCCGUCCUGACCAUGCAGCUGCUGGCGCCUCGCACGCUCGUCACGAUGGCUGACGAGGCGGUGUACGACCUGGACAAUAUCCGCCUCGCGGACCUUGCCCCCGCUGCGCGCGAGGCCGGCGUCGAGGCCGUGUAUUCCGUGCAGAGCCUGCUAGUCGAGGGCCAUGCGCGUACGGAGCACAGUGGCAUCCCCCACGGUCUGCAGCUUGUGCUCGAGACCGAGGACGGGAGCCAGGCGCUCGAUACGAUCGUCAUGGAGAGUAUGGGCUACUUCCAGUUCCGUGCGCAGCCUGGGCGGUGGAAUCUGCGGAUCCGUGAAGGCCGCAGCGCGGACCUGUACGAGAUCGAGAGCGUCGGUGCGCUUGGCUGGCAGAGCCCGGCAGUGGAGCAGACCGGCCCUGCGCUGCGUCUCGAUGCGCUGCUCGGCAAGACGAUCUACCCCGUGUUUGAGAAGCGCCCCGGCAAGGAGGACGUGGACCUGGUCGCCGAGAUGGAUGCGCCUGCGCAAUCUGCCUCGUCGCUUGCGCGCUCGCGGCGGGGCGGCCACGCGGAUAUCAAUAUCUUUACGUUGGCAAGCGGCCAUCUGUACGAGCGUAUGACCUACAUCAUGGUCCUCUCUGUCCUGGAGCACACCAAGAGCUCGGUCAAGUUUUGGUUUGUGGAGAACUUCUUGUCGCCGUCGUUCAAAGCGUUUAUCCCCCACCUGGCCGAGGCGUACGGAUUCCAGUACGAGCUCAUUACCUAUGCAUGGCCCAAGUGGCUGCGUGAGCAGACGGAAAAGCAGCGCACGAUCUGGGCGUACAAGAUCCUAUUCCUCGACGUGCUCUUCCCCCUGGACUUGGACCGCGUAAUCUUUGUGGAUGCCGACCAGAUUGUGCGUGCCGACCUCCAGGAGCUGGUGGACAUGGACUUGGAAGGAGCGCCGUACGGCUAUCCUCCGAUGGGCGACGACAGCGAGGACAUGGACGGUUUCCGCUUCUGGAAGCAGGGCUACUGGCGCAACUUUUUGCGCGGGCGCACCUACCAUAUUUCCGCGCUGUACGUCGUGGAUCUGCAGCGCUUCCGCUACGUCGCCGCCGGCGAUCUGCUUCGUCGGCAGUAUCAGAAGCUGACGGCGGACAAGAACUCGCUCGCGAACCUCGACCAGGACCUGCCCAACCACUUGCAAUUCCAGCUGCCGAUCCACACGCUCGACAAGACCUGGCUGUGGUGCGAGACGUGGUGCUCGCACGACUGGCUGCCCGAGGCCAAGACCAUCGAUCUGUGCAGCAACCCCAAGACCAAGGAGCCGAAGCUCGACCGCGCGCGGCGGCAGAUCCCCGAGUGGAAUAUCCUCGACGCCAAGGUCGCUGCGCUCGCCGCGUCCCUUGCCGAGAAACACGCCGAGAUUGUCCCGCCGAAGGCCGUGUCGAGCGACGCGCAUACGGCGGCCAGCGCCCCCCCUCUUGGCUCGCCGAGCGACGCAUCCGUCGCGCACGAUGAACUUUAA